AUGAAAAAAAAUGUGGAAUAUCUAUCUAUCUAUUUUAGGCCAGGCUACCACAUUUUCUUUAUAUCUAUCUUGCUAUCGAUCUAUCUACCAAUUUUUUUCAUAUGUAUUUUCUUCAUAUCAAUCUAUGACAUUUUUCGUAAUAUCUAUCAUAUUUUCUUCAUAUCUAUCUAUCUAUCUAUCUAUCUAUCUAUCUAUCUAUCUAUCUAUCUAUCAUCUAUCUAUUUCACUCUGUUCUUAUCUAUCUACCACAUUUUCCUUCAUAUCUAUCAAUAUACCACAUUUUUAAUAUCUAUCUUUCUAUCUGUCUACGAUAUUUUCUUCAUAUCUAUGUUUCUAUCCAUCUAUCUGGCAUGUUUUCUUCACAUAUAUCUACCAGUUUCUUCAUUGUCUAUCUGUCACUCUACCACAUGUUCUUCAUAUCUAUCUAUCUAUCUAUCUAUCUAUCUAUCUAUCUAUCUAUCUAUCUAUCUAUAUCUUUAUGUAUGUAGCUUUCUAUCUGCUUCUGCUUCUAUCUAUCUAUCUAUCUAUCUAUCUAUCUAUCUAUCUAUCUAUAGGCAAGGCUACCACAUUUUCUUCAUAUAUAUCAUGAUAUCGAUCUAUCUACAACAUUUUCUUCAUAUUUAUCACAUUUUUCGUCAUAUCUAUAAGAUUUUUCUUCAUAUCUAUCUAACUCUGUUAUCUCUAUCUGCCACUUUUCUCGUUUCUAUCUAUCUAUCUAUCUAUCUAUCUAUUUAUCUAUCUAUCUAUCUUUCUAUCCCUCUGUCAUCUCCCACUAUCUAUCUAUCUAUCUAUCUAUCUAUCUAUCUAUCUAUCUAUCUAUCUAUCUGCUAUAUUUUCUUCAUAUCUAUCUAUCUAUCUAUCUAUUUCAGUCUGUUCUCAUCUAUCUACCACAUUUUCCUUCAUAUCUCAACAUUUUUUCUUAAUAUCUAUCUAUCUAUCUAUCUAUCUAUCUAUCUAUCUAUCUAUCUAUCUGCCAACUUAAACCAAAUCUAUCUAUCUAUCUAUCUAUCUAUCUAUCUAUCUAUCUAUCUAUCUAUCUAUCUAUCUAUCUAUCUCUUUUGGCAUAUCCACUAUCUAUCUAUCUAUCUAUCUAUCUAUCUAUCUAUCUCUUUCAGCAUAUUCAUUAUCUAUCUAUCUAGGCAUCUCUUUAUCUAG